CGCACUUCGCGCUGGCGAUGUCCUCCGGACUCUGCGGGAGCCCGGCAGCCAGUGAGCUCCGGAAGAAGCUACAGGGCGGCGGAGGGCGGCUGCCCGGCGGGCCGGCGUGUCGCCCUCUCACGAGGGUGUCGCGCUGAGGAGCGCCUGGCUGGUCACCCCGAAGGGCUCGCGGUGGCGGGUGGCGGCUGCUACUCACUGCGCCUCGGGUGGGCAGGCACAGUUGUCCCGGUCACCCCGCGCGCAGCAGCUCCUGGGCGUCUCGCGGCUUCCGUGGGCCCGGGGACGCCCCCUGUUCCUGUCCCUGUCCCCCGCCCCCUCCGCAGCCUCUCCAGCUUGAGCGCCGGGAGGUGGAGGAGGCGGCGCCGCGGGGACUGUCUCCUCCCCACCCUUCUCGUCUCCUCCCCACGCCACCGAGAAGGACAAGGGGACUGGGCACAGGGACCCCGGCCAGUGAGCGCUUGUGUUCCGGGACCGCCCCUCCCGCGCGCUCUUUCGCUGCGAGCCCGGGCCGGUGUCGCGGCGCAUGGUGCUGGCCGCAGCCAUGAGCCAGGACGCGGAUCCCAGCGGUCCGGAGCAACCCGACAGAGAUGCCUGCGUUGUGCCCGGUGUUCAGGGGCCCUCCGUGCCCCAGGGCCAGCAAGGGAUGCAGCCCUUGCCGCCACCGCCACCGCCGCAGCCUCAAGCCAGCCUGCCCCAGAUCAUCCAAAAUGCUGCCAAGCUCCUGGAUAAGAGCCCCUUCUCCGUCAAUAACCAGAACCCUCUGCUCACUUCGCCAGCCAGCGUCCAGCUGGCCCAGAUACAAGCCCAGCUCACCCUCCAUCGGCUGAAGAUGGCACAGACCGCAGUCACCAACAACACUGCAGCGGCCACCGUUCUGAAUCAAGUCCUCUCCAAAGUGGCCAUGUCCCAGCCUCUCUUCAACCAGCUCCGGCAUCCGUCUGUGCUCGGCACCGCACAUGGCCCUACUGGGGUGUCCCAGCAUGCUGCCUCCGUUCCCAGCGCUCACUUCCCCUCAACCGCAAUCGCCUUUUCGCCCCCAAGCCAGACAGGAGGCCCGGGGCCUUCUGUGAGCCUCCCCAGCCAGCCCCCCAACGCUAUGGUAGUUCAUACCUUCAGUGGAGUGGUACCUCAGACCCCUGCCCAGCCAGCUGUCAUCCUUAGCCUUGGGAAGGCUGGGCCUACACCGGCUACUACAGGGUUCUAUGAGUAUGGCAAAGCCAACUCCGGCCAAGCGUAUGGUUCUGAAACGGAGGGCCAGCCAGGCUUCUUGCCAGCCUCGGCCUCAGCCACAGCAUCGGGCAGUAUGACCUAUGAAGGGCACUAUAGUCACACGGGGCAGGAUGGCCAACCUGCCUUUUCUAAAGACUUCUAUGGACCCAAUGCCCAAGGGCCACAUGUAGCAGGUGGAUUUCCAGCUGAUCAGGCUGGGAGCAUGAAGGGAGACGUUGGUGGGCUGUUGCAAGGCACCAACAGCCAGUGGGAGAGGCCCCCUGGAUUCUCAGGCCAAAACAAGCCCGAUAUUACAGCAGGACCCAGUUUGUGGGCUCCACCUGCCAGCCAGCCUUAUGAGCUCUACGACCCUGAGGAGCCUACCUCAGACAGGGCCCCUCCCGCCUUUGGAUCUCGGCUUAACAACAGCAAGCAGGGAUUCGGCUGCUCUUGCCGAAGGACAAAGGAGGGGCAGGCUGUGCUGUCCGUGAGGCCCCUGCAGGGUCAUCAACUGAACGAUUUCCAAGGCUUGGCUCCACUCCACCUACCACAUAUCUGCAGCAUCUGUGACAAGAAGGUGUUUGACUUGAAGGACUGGGAGCUACAUGUGAAGGGGAAGCUGCAUGCCCAGAAAUGCCUGCUCUUCUCAGAAAGUGCUGGCCUCCGGAGUAUACGUGCUUCAGGAGAGGGGACUCUGUCUGCCUCUGCUAACAGCACAGCUGUUUAUAACCCCACUGGAAACGAGGAUUAUACCUCAAAUCUUGGAACAUCAUAUGCAGCCAUUCCAACGAGGGCCUUUGCUCAGUCAAACCCUGUGUUUCCUUCAGCUUCCUCUGGGACAAGCUUUGCAGCACAGAGGAAAGGCUCUGGACGGGUGGUGCACAUCUGCAAUCUCCCGGAGGGCAGCUGCACGGAGAAUGACGUCAUUAACCUGGGGCUGCCCUUUGGCAAGGUCACUAAUUACAUCCUCAUGAAGUCAACUAAUCAGGCUUUCUUGGAGAUGGCUUACACAGAAGCCGCCCAGGCUAUGGUCCAGUACUACCAAGAAAAGCCUGCGCUUAUCAAUGGCGAGAAGUUACUCAUCCGCAUGUCCACGAGAUACAAGGAAUUGCAGCUGAAGAAACCUGGGAAAAAUGUGGCUGCUAUCAUCCAGGACAUCCACUCCCAGAGGGAGAGGGACAUGCUCCGGGAAGCUGACAGGUAUGGUCCGGAGCGGCCACGUUCUCGAAGUCCGAUGAGCCGAUCACUCUCCCCGAGAUCCCAUAGUCCCCCAGGCCCCUCUCGGGCUGACUGGGGCAAUGGCCGUGACUCCUAUGCGUGGAGAGACGAGGAUCGAGAGACUGUCCCCAGGAGGGAGAACGGGGAAGACAAAAGAGACAGGUUGGAUGUUUGGGCACAUGACCGGAAACACUAUCCCAGGCAGCUGGACAAAGCUGAGUUGGACGAGCGACUCGAAGGAGGGAGGGGCUACCGGGAAAAGUACUUGAAGUCAGGGUCUCCCGGCCCACUCCAUUCUGUGUCUGGCUACAAAGGCCGGGAAGAUGGCUACCAUCGAAAGGAGCCUAAAGCCAAGUUGGACAAAUAUCCAAAGCAGCAGCAGGAUGUGCCAGGAAGAUCCAGGAGGAAAGAAGAGGCGAGACUACGGGAGCCCAGACACCCUCACCCAGAGGACUCCGGCAAGGCAGAGGAUCUGGAGCCCAAGAUCACUCGGGCCGCUGAGGGUACCAAGUCCAAGCAAAGUGAGAAAAGUAAAGCCAAGAGAGUCGACAGAGACCAAGAAGGAGCUGAUGACAAAAAAGAAAGCCAACUGGCCGAGAUUGAGGCUGGAACUGAGGAACAGGAAGGCAUGGUGGGCAUACAGCAGGAAGGGACAGAGUCCUCUGAUCCAGAAAACACAAGGACAAAGAAGGGACAAGACUGUGACAGUGGGAGUGAACCCGAGGGGGACAACUGGUACCCCACCAACAUGGAGGAGUUGGUCACAGUGGACGAAGUAGGCGAGGAAGAUUUCAUCAUGGAACCAGACUUACCAGAGCUGGAAGAAAUUGUGCCUAUUGACCAGAAAGACAAAACCCUCCCUAAAAUAUGUCCCUGUGUAACGGCCACCUUAGGUUUGGACUUGGCCAAAGAUUUCACCAAGCAGGGAGAGACCCUAGGGAAUGGAGACGCAGAACUCAGCCUGAAGCUGCCCGGACAAGUGCCGUCUACUUCCGAGAGCUGUCCCAAUGACACGGACCUGGAGAUGCCUGGCCUAAAUCUGGAUGCUGAGCGGAAGCCAGCUGAAAGCGAGACAGGCCUCUCACUGGAGGUCUCAAAUUGCUACGAGAAGGAGGCAAGAGGAGAAGAGGGCUCAGAUGUGAGUCUGGCCCCUGCAGCGCAGCAAAUGUCCUCCCCCCAGCCAGCAGAUGAGCGGGCCCGGCAGUCCAGCCCUUUUCUCGAUGACUGCAAGGCCAGGGGGUCCGCAGAAGAUGGGUCUCAUGAAGCCAGCCCCCUGGAAGGAAAAGCCAGCCCACCUACUGAAAGCGACCUCCAAAGCCAGGCUUGCCGAGAAAACCCCAGGUACAUGGAAGUGAAAUCUCUGAACGUGAGGUCACCAGAAUUCACCGAAGCAGAGCUGAAAGAGCCUCUUUCUUUGCCUUCCUGGGAACCGGAGGUGUUCAGUGAACUUAGCAUUCCUCUAGGAGUGGAGUUCGUGGUUCCCAGGACUGGCUUUUAUUGCAAGCUGUGUGGCCUGUUCUACACAAGCGAGGAGGCGGCCAAAGUGAGCCACUGCCGCAGCACUGUCCACUACAGGAACUUACAGAAGUACCUGUCCCAGCUGGCAGAGGAGGGCCUGAAGGAGACGGAGGGGACAGACAGCCCAAGCCCCGAGCGCAGUGGGAUUGGUCCACACUUGGAAAGGAAGAAGCUAUGAUAUCGACGCUGCCACCGUCUCUGGAAGAUGGAUGGGAAGCCUGCUGAACUAAGGCCAGCCUGGCCUCAGGCACAGAACUGAGACCAGAGAGGACGGAGAGCCAGGCAGGACAUGGUGCUUGGGCUUGCAGAACAGGCUGAAGCCUCUCUGGGAGCUGGCUCACCCUUCCAGGCCCAGCCACCGAGGGUGACCAGCUUCCUCUGGGUUCCUGGUUCCUUUAGUCUGUUUUUCCUCUCUCCCUCUCCCCUAUCCCUUCUGUGCCAAAGUUCAUUUCCUUUUCAUAAAAUCCAGCUUCUCAGGGAUUGUCACUGUGUUUCAAGGUUUGAUUGGAUAUGGUAGGUCCAGUCAAUGAGGCUGGGUCACUCAAGGAGUAAGUUUAAUGGAAGGCCUUGACUUAGUCACUUCAGGGCGCCUGCGGUGGCCUUGCAACCUGGUUUCUGUGGGUCCCAAGGGUAGGAGAGUUGAGUCAGGUUCUGUGCAACCAAGGAAUCGCUUGGCAGAGGUGGGCGUGGUUUCACUAGGAUUUCCUCCAGGUGGAUCCCGCCAUUUUGAAAAGGCUUCUUUGUCUUUUUUUUUCAGUCUCAGACGAGUGCUGGGGACCGAACCCAGAAGCUUGUACGUUCUAAGCAGGUGCUCUACCACCGAGCUAUAGAUGCCAGGCCAGAUCGUCCCAGGGUUUUGUUUGGAGACAGGGCCCAUGCAGUCCAGUUUGUCUUUAGUUUCCUCUGGAGCCAAGGCCAUCCUGAACGCCUCAUCCUCCUGCCUCUACCUCUUGAGUGUCGUGACCACAGGUACCGUUCUGGAGGUGAAACCCAGGGCUUCCAGCACAAGAGGCAAGCAGACCCCUAUUUUUAGGAAGCCAUUCAUUCUCAUCCUCGGCUCUUCUAGAAAAAUCACCGGGCUAAUGCCUUAAUGUGUUACUAUACCAUAUUGUAGUAAUCAUGUAUUACUAUACAUUAUUUAUAAUAAAUUCAUAUUCAUUUGGUGGAGCAAAGAAGAGGCCACCAGUAAAGAAGCUCUGAUAGAUUCAAUCCAAACUUCUCAGUUUGAGGAUGGUUUGGGAUUUGUUCUAUCCAGGACAGUGAGUUUGGUAUAGGUUCACUUUAACUAAACUUGAGGCCAGCCAUGCCUUCUCAAGGAGGAGAUAGAUGCGGGCCUCCAGCGCAUGCUGACCUCUGACCUCCGCACUGCUGGCCAGCAUCAGCUUAACCCGGGAGCAAGGGACUGGCAUCUGACCUUCCUUCAUCCUUGGUGCCUCUACUUUGGGGUAGUUGGUAUUAGAAUGAUUUGAAAAUGCUCUCCCAAUCAAAGGAGAAACUGGGACAUUUGGCUUGCUUGGUUCUUGUAGGUAGGGGUAGGGGAUGGAGGGGCUGCUGAUGCCAACUUGGAGGUUAAAACGAUAGAAAGACCCGGUCCCUGAUGCCCAGUGGGGUCAGUCCCCUGUCCCGGUCCCGUGUGGGCUGAAGGGUCUUAGUGGAAGGUCCUAGGAUAGGGGUACUAUAAGAUAUGAACUCCACUAGUGCCACAGAACAGACCCCAAAGUCAAAGAGAGCCUGGCACCGUCUUCACAGGUGGGCACGCCUCCUUGAAGGGGCCCUCCGUGUGGAUGGUUUGCUUGUGUGAGUCGCCUGUACAUGUUCCCAAGCAAAGGAAGGUAGAUCAGACGGGGAGCACGUCUCCAACCCCCCCCCCUUAUAUUCCAUUCUAUACUCUGCACAAACGGAAGGGCGAUAGAGAAAUGAUUUAGUUCAGCGCUGACAUUUUAUCAGUGAGGAAGCUGGGGCACAGAAAGGAACUGGGCCUAGAACCUAAAAUAACCCUGUGUCCACUUUGAAGCCCGUGGUUCCUGGGCAGGAGAGAACUAUUGGAAUCUAUGAAGGAGGAGUUAAGGCAAAGAGGGGCCAGUCUGGAAAGGAGUGACAGGAAGCUGGGGCUUCAGGAAGGUGUAAUUCAUCCCCUGGUGGAUCCCACAGGAGGUGACCCAGAACUGUAGUCUCUUCUGUUUCUCAGAAAACCUUUGACCUCUGGAACAACUGCUGACCACACCCCUAAAUUCAUUAGCACCUCCAUCAGAAGCUGGGUGCUUGAUCUUCCAGCAGAGUGAGGCAGACCUCCCAACCCCACUGGCUCCUCGGUUAAAGCCUUUGUACAGAAAGCCACAUGGCCCAGUUCUCAAGCAGUAAGAUGGUUCCCUUGGUUGUAAAUCGACCUUCAUAUUAGCAAAACCGAAGGGUGAAAGAAAUGGCAGUCUCCUUUACAUUUAAAGUCAUGGAUGGUUCUAUAUGUGUGUGCGUGUGUAUAUAUAUAUAUAUAUAUAUAUAUAUAUAUAUACAUAUAUAUUUUUAUAUAAUUCCAUGGUCCUUGCAUUUUUUUUUUACUCCUGUGUGUGUGUUCCAUGCAUCAUAGUAUUGAAGACCACCAGGAAAAUAUUUCUUUUUUAAAACAUUAAUUCAGUGUCUCAUCAAUCAUUACAAAGUGUCUCUCCCUGAGGUGGCUCAUGAAAGGUUGCUACCUUAUACAAAGAAUUCAUUUGCACCCUGGAUUAAUGUGUCAGAAGGCCUGUGUCCUUUAGUGUCACUGUCAGCACCUGGUGGUACUCCAGGUGGCACACCCAGAGGCUUUUGUGAACUUUUGCUAUGAGCAGCAGCCAUUGGCGGUCAGGCUUCCCAUUCUUGGACAGUCCGAGGCGGUGAUCUGUAAGAUUAUACUUGAACUGGACCAGAGAUUGUUUUUGUGCGAUUUUGAAAAACAGAACUAUUAGUUAAUUUAAGUUUGAACUUGUAAAGUAUUAGAAUAUUUUGAGUCUCUUAUAUAAAUUGUCACCACUUUUUCUGAUCUCUAUAAUUGACCUAAAGUGUUUGUUUUUACAAAAGGAUAAAUGGUUUUUAAUAAAGAGAA